AUGCUGGCGAGCUUGGCUUACGGCCGUUUCUUGUCAACUUCUGUGCCGCUGGCCAUGGGUGAUAGCAGUGCUCUUAUCACGCCGCGAAGCGACGAUGAAGACAGGCUGCACCCAAGCUUGAAGACGUCGGAAUCUUCGCAGCAUGGUAAGGCUUUCGCCAGCCUCGUGCUCGCUUGGCAAAUGCUUCCUGCAGACAGUCACGGCGGUAAGUCGCCACCGGCCGUGGCUGUGAAGAGCCAGGAAAAGCCGUUUUGCGGAGACCACUGCCGACCCUGCAUCUUCGUUGGCACCAAGACAGGCUGUCAUCGGCAUCCUUGUGCCUUCUGUCACAGUGAUGUUCAUGUCCAGAAACGCCGUGAGAGCAAUCGGCGGCGGUCCCAGAAGCACAUCACCGAGCUGCAGCUGAAAAAGUCCGGCACCCUCAGCUGA